CACAUUUAAAGUUGCUAGUACAAUGGCCGCUGAGACGAGUUCUCGAUGCGUAAAGCAACCUGAUUCAACUUGGGAAUACUGUGGUGUGAAUUUAACCAUUCACAACAUUAUUAUACCCGAGGAGCGUUUAUUUCCUACCCCGUCGCAGCUGGACAAAAUGGAAUAUGAAACGGAGAUUGACUUAAGGAUUCUUGGGUGCGAGUUAAUCCAAGAUUCUGGGGUUUUGUUACGGCUGCCGCAAGUCGCUAUGGCAACUGCGCAGGUAUUGUACCAGCGCUUCUUCUACUCCAAGUCAUUUGUCCGUCACUUCUACGAGCAUUACGCUAUGGCAUGUAUAUUCCUGGCUGCAAAGCUUGAAGAGUCUCCAAGACGUAUUAGAGACGUAAUCAAUGUUUUUCAUCAUAUAAGACAAGUUCGGGAUAAAAAAACACCGACACCCGUGAUUCUCGAUCAAAGUUACAGUAAUCUUAAAAAUCAAGUUAUCAAGGCUGAACGACGUGUUUUAAAAGAAUUAGGAUUUUGUGUCCAUGCCAAACAUCCUCACAAGCUUGUUAUAUGUUACUUGCAGGCUUUAGACCAUGAAACUAACAAAAACCUUGUUCAAGCUGCUUGGAAUUACAUGAACGACAGUCUUCGAACUGAUAUAUUUGUACGUUAUCUUCCGGAAGCAAUUGCAUGUGGUUGCAUUUAUCUGGCAUCAUGUAAGCUCAAUAUUCCUCUGCCACGCCACCCAGCUUGGUGGGAAAUGUUCAGUGUGAGCGAAGAAUCUGUCCAUGAAAUCGCUUUAUGUUUGUUACGUUUAUAUGCUCGUCCAAAGGUAGAUGUUGGGAAACUCGAAUCAGUUCUAGCUCAACUCAGGAAAUCUCAGGCAGAAGCAAAGGAACGAGAAAACGAGCUCAGAAAACAACAAACCGUCACAACACCCCCAAGUACCCGGUCCGACCACAGUUUCGGUUAUAUCUCACCCCCAAAUCAUUUAUCCAAAUCUAAGAAUCAAAACAAGCCUAAUGGGAAUAAGAAGUCAGUAGAUAGUAAAGCUGAGCCUGAAGAUACUACUACUGUUUUCGCUCCAAACUCGCUUUUAGCAAGCGCCAUAGCUAAUGCCAAAGCGGUCGCAGCAACGAUUACAGCAUCAAAAUCUGGUAUGAUCACAGACGAGUUGUCCAAAGUGGGUACUGACCCGUCAAUUAUUCCACAUAAACGGGAAACAAGUGAAGAUGUUUCACCAAGAUCUCCAAAAACAUUGGUUGAACCUAAUCAGAUAGAUAAUAUAUCCGAUGCUUCGAAUAAGAAGCCUGAUAGAACUGUACAAGAAAACUCUGAGACCAAACGACGACCAAUUAUUCGACCAGCUGCCUACUCAAAUAUUCCGUCUACUAACACAGAAUCCGACAAAAGACGUCGACAUCACCGACACAAAUAUUCAUCUAAAAAGCAUCAUUACAAUUCGAUCUCCUCAUCAUCUUCGUCAUCUGACCGAGAGACCGAUCAAAACCGUUAUAAUUCAAUAAACUUACUGACAAAUAACUCCAAAUCUCGUAAUUAUCGACAAAAAUUAAAUGAUAUAUCAUCCUCUGGCUCUGAAACAGGUGAUAGUUCAUCAAGUCCUAACAAACACAUAGUUAAUGUGCAUGAUCGCAGAAAAAUCUACAAUAAUAAACGUAAACAUAUUCCACGCUCUUCAUCAGAAGAUUCCCAAACAUCUUCUUUCAGUGAUGAACCGCGUUUUUCCCCGACUCAUCAUAAUCCGGUAAAAUCUAAAAGCGGUCGCCGUCAUUUAUCACCACCCUAUGCCUACCGAAUCGAUUAUGAUAAGUCACAUAAAAGCAAACAUCAUUCAUCAUUGCGAUCUGCACCAAACGGUGAAAGUGGUCGUAUAUUGCGUGAGCACUCUAACCAUCGUCUAGUUUCGAGUCGACAUCAUGAUCAUCACCGAAGUCUGUUUUCACUGAGGGAAUCAUCAAUUUGGGGAACUCAUUCCCAUCUUUUAUUCGGACUGCUUGUCCUGUUCAUAAAUCGUGAAGAUGGAUAUCUGCAGAUCCGUCCCCAAAAUCUUGUAUCAAAAUUGCAUGGAUUGUGAAAUCUGUUUUGGCUUGGGAUAAUAAUGUGUUAUGAGGUAAACUUCGCAAUUUAGACAAACACAAUGUUAAAGGUGUGUACCAACCACUAUCAACAAAUCUCGUUGAAAAACCAAACCGUAUUUUAUAUGAUUGCUGUCCGAAAUACGCAGUUGAGUUACGUACGUUUCGACUCUAAAUAUAUCCGAGUUCAGUGAAACCUGAAUUAACUAAAUAGUUGUUUUAGCUGUUCGGCUGGAAAUACUGAAUCGUUUCCUUCGCUAAUGAAAAAUAUAGUUUCUUUCAUUAAUCUCCUUCCUGAACCACACAUCAUCUUUUUAGCAUAUGUUGCAUGGAAUUUUGUUAUAUUAAUUCUAUGUAGAGUUGGUCAGUAGCAACGAUGGAAGUUGUACCUCUUUACAGCAUACUAUGUGGUUGCACCACAAGAUUUUUCUACGCUUGCUACACAAAUCUUUUUUCGUCUAGUUACAGAUUUCAGAAAAUACCAUCAAGUAGAGAUCUAGAUGCAGUGAUUACACAACUGCAUUAAUUUAUAGCCACAUUUUCAUGUGAAAUAUUGUUUCUAUGGUUUCUGAAUGGCGUCUUGCGUUUUGUAUUAAAAGUCUUUUGUCUUGUUUGUAGAUCAUGAGAAUAUCAUGUCCAUAUUUCUCCUCGAAAAAUCAAUGGAAAUAGUAAAGAACUGUGCUCAUCUGGGUAAAUGAUUGUGGGCUGGUGACAGAAAAAUUCCAUUAUUUUAUACUGGUACAGAAUGCCAAUGCGGGUAAUAUUUCAUGAUGCCAGCCAAUCUAAAAUAUCCGUUGCACUAGAGUCUCAAAAGUUUUUUAGUCUGUGAUGCAUUCGGUUUAAGCAAUGAUUUUUUUAACAGUUAUGUCUAGUUGUUGUCGUCUCUGCAGAAUUGUUCGCACUUGGACCGCAGAUAACAGUCUUGUUUGGCGAGGACACUGAUAAAAUUCAGUCUCUUUGGUAGCACUGAGAAACAAUGCCAGGUUCCUUGGAACGCGUUUCUCCCUCUCUAAAUGCAGAUUGUUACUUCAGGACUGGUCUGCGUGAACACCUGAACUAAUUAUAGGGAGUGAAGUAGUCGAACGCAUCGACAACUUCACUUAUAUUGGAAGUCUAAUCAGCCUCGAUGGAUUGUUGUGUGACGAAAUCUGUUAGACUCUUGCCAACUUAUGUCACCUAUGACGAAGGUGAGAUACCCGUCUAUCAAUUAAAGGACGAAUACGCUGCGAAGCGUGAGCAUUAACAGUAGAAGACACUUGUAAGUCACUUAUAUUUUAUCACAAAUGCCUUAGAAAUAUUGCUCGCAUGCACUGAGAUCACCGCGUGAGUAAUAGUGAGGUUUGACGCAGGGUAUUAGGGAAUGAUGGUGAAUCAGUUGGUGAGGUUUCAGAACUUCGUCAACUGAGAUAGUUGGGCCACGUGUUACGUAUGCCUGAACACCGAUUGUCACGACGCGCACUACUGACUAAUGUUGUGGUGGAUAGUUGGAAGAACGUUAGGGGCAGCCAAACUAAAACGUGGCAUUAAUGCUUGAAGUCAUUAACUUCUAAUCUGAUCCAUGUUGGUAUAUGCAGACUACUUGGUUGGGGUAACGACUGUGUGAUAUGUUUGAGAAUCGAUAACAAUGGCGUCGGUGUAUAUACUAUUUGUCUUCCCUUAAGCCGUGAGAUUAAAAUUGCUUUAUAUCUUUCUACGAACUAAUUCUUUCUUCCUGUACUAUAUCCUUAUAUGCCAAGUUUCUUUUAUAUAUUACCAUAAUUGAAUCAACUACUUCCAUAAAUUCGGUGUUCAUCUUGUUAUGUUAAUGAAAUAUGGCAACUUGGACGCCUAUAUGUACCUAGUUUUAUGUUGUUAGAUGGUUGACUGAGGGUCGGCCGCCAACAAUAUUGGUUUUUAAUAAAACAAGAAAAGCUAUUUAGUUGACAGAUUUUUUUAACCGCUUGCAACACAAAACAUUUACGUUUACAAGGAUUUAUUAAGACAAAUGGGUUAAAUAGCCAACAAAUAGCUGCACAAAGGAUCAAACCCAAAACACACAGGUCUCGCAGCGAGUACGUUAUUAUUAGACCAUUAUUUAGAAAUUUAGUAGUCCAGUCAGUUUAUGAUAUAGCGCGACAGUGAUCCAAUUUUAUGUUGAUACAUAUCUUGCUCUUGGUAUGGUUAAAUCCCAUCAGUGACAACUUUUGCGUGAAGCUGAAGUUAGUCACUUUUAAGUGCAUGAUUAUUGCUUAUUUGGUCAGUUGCUUCAUCUGAAGUUAAUCCAUCAUGAAAAUUAUAACAAAAGUUAUUCGGAUCUAAAAAGUAAAAACACACGAAAUUUUUAAUCUCUUUUGGUACGCACAUGUGAAUGCGCAACCUUAAUUCCAUCCAAUACGCAGAAGGAAUUUGUCCGUCUUUAAUCCUAGAGCUAAUUGUGGUGAAUGACUUAUCUGCUAUAGUUAAAGUUUCAGAUUUCUGGUGAUGUCAUCUCGUUGGUAAGUUGUAGAACAAUAGGGUUUUUCUAAAUUACACAACAGUUUGAUUUUCUUGAUGACAGCAGCAACUUAACUGUGUAAGGUAUCUAUUCGAUAAAUUAUCCUACAAAACUUCAUGAGCGGUCACUACAGUUAUCAUCCAUCUACUGUCUUCAAUAAAUAUAUCUGAUUCUCAUCAACAUUCUUCUGUUAAUUUGAGAAAUUAUAUACUUCCUUUAUCGACUAAUUAAUGCCCUUUUUGAAAUUUAUAUCUUGGUUAUCUAUUUGACCUUUACUUCUCACAUACAAGUUAGUGUCCAUUCAGACUUUUGAAAUGCAUUGAUCUAAUAAAUGAUGUGGUUUUGAU